CAGCGCGCACAAAACGGCUGUAAAAUGACCAAAGUGAGGUAAUAAACCCGACGACUUAACAAGAAAUCCGAGUGAAUAAUGUCCAGGCUGGUAAAGAGAAUCCGCAGCAUGAUCAAUCCAAAUAGCCAGCGGGAUCGCGAAGACUCCACCUCGAUAUCCACUUCAGAGGGUGGAGGUGCUCGCAGGAAGUGCCACUCCCUGCCCCGCCGUUACAGUAAACAUUCGACAGCGCGACGAUCUAACAGCGGUUUGUGGAAUAGGCUGGUCACAAAUGUCUUUGGUGCGGAAGAUGCCGAUGACUUUAAUAAUGAUGGUGACAGUAACGACGGUGCCAUAUUUUACACCGAUUCGGUUAAUGGUUCAAACUAUGAAAUAUCUGGAAAAGGCGAAUACAUCAAGCAUCCUGUUCUGUACGAACUCAGUCACAAAUAUGGUUUCACAGAGAAUCUGCCCGAAAGCUGUAUGUCCAUACGGCUGGAGGAGAUCAAGGAGGCGAUUCGGAGAGAGAUCCGCAAGGAGCUAAAGAUCAAGGAGGGGGCUGAGAAGCUACGCGAGGUGGCCAAGGAUCGGCGAUCCCUCAGCGAUGUGGCCGUUCUUGUCAAGAAGAGCAAAAGCAAACUGGCCGAGCUCAAGUCCGAGUUGCAGGAGCUAGAGAGUCAAAUCCUCCUGACAUCAGCCAACACUGCCGUCAAUAGCAAUGGACAAGAAUCGAUAACGGCCUGCAUCGAUCCCAAUGGCGGUUUCUUGGUCAGCGGAGCGGUUGGCGGUUUGGGAGGAGGAAGCACGGCUCUCGAUGGUGGCGUACCGGCCACCGCCAAUGACAAAGUGCUCGCCUCGCUGGAGAAGCAGCUUCAGAUCGAGAUGAAGGUGAAGACCGGGGCGGAGAACAUGAUCCAGUCGCUGGGCAUCGGAUGCGACAAAAAGCUGCUAGCGGAAGCUCACCAGAUGUUGGCCGAUUCGAAGGCCAAGAUUGAGUUCUUGCGACUGCGCAUCAUCAAGGUGAAACAGAAUCGCGAGCAGGCCGAUCGCUUGAAGGCCUCGCGCCAGAUGAUCGACGAGCACGGACAGACGAUUGGUGGCAACAACAGCAGCCAGCCCCAGAGCCUGGAGACGACACUUGAAGAGCGGAUCGAGGAGCUGCGUCAUCGCCUGCGGAUUGAAGCAGCCGUCGUCGAUGGAGCCAAGAAUGUUAUCCGCACGUUGCAGACGGCGAAUCGGGCACCGGACAAGAAGGCGCUGCAAGAGGCCCAUGGACGUUUGUCGGAAUCGUCUCGAAAAUUAGAUCUCUUGCGCUACUCCUUGGAGCUACGUCGGCAGGAGCUGCCCGUCGAUUCGCCCGCCGCCCAGCUAUUAAAAACGGAGCUGCAGAUCGUGCAGCAGUCGACGUCCCCAGCUCCCGUCACCUACACGUCACUGCAAGCCGGCCAGGGGGGGAUUCUUGGUGGAAAGCCCUACCAGUCGGUGUCCUCGCUGGGACGCUGCGCCAGUGUCACCGGAAAGCUAGAGGUUCGCCUGCUGGGCUGCCAGGAUCUGCUUGAAGAUGUGCCCGGCAGAUCGCGAAGGGACAAGGACAACAACUCCAGUCCGGGCGAUUUGAGGAGCUUCGUCAAGGGCGUCACCUCGCGCAGCAGUUCGAAGAGCUAUUCGGUGAAGGACGAGACCUCCAUCGAGAUUAUGGCAGCCAUCAAGCUGGACAACAUAACCGUGGGCCAGACGUCAUGGAAGCCAUGUUCGCAGCAGGCCUGGGAUCAGCGUUUCUCCAUCGAUCUAGACCGCUCCCGCGAACUGGAGAUUGGAGUUUACUGGCGCGACUGGCGAUCGCUGUGCGCCGUGAAGGUGCUGCGCCUGGAAGAGUUCAUUGACGACGUGCGACAUGGCAUGGCGCUGCAGUUGGAGCCGCAAGGUCUACUUUUUGCGGAGGUCAAGUUCUUGAACCCCAUGAUCUCGCAGAAGCCGAAGCUGCGGCGCCAGCGAAUGAUCUUCAACCGGCAGCAGGCGAAGAACAUCUCGCGGGCCAAGCAAAUGAACAUCAACGUGGCCACCUGGGGCCGCCUGCUCAAGCGGAACGCUCCGAAUCACGUGCACAUGGGAUCGGUGGGAUCUGGAUCUUCCGUAACAGGUGUCUCUUCCAUGGUAGUCAGCGGGUCCCGGGACUCUGAGUCGCCGAUCUCGAGGACUCCGUCCUCCGAUGCACUUGUGGAGCCGGAGCCGUACACGCCAGGAGAACAGGCACAGAACCUGGAGUUCGAUCCGGAUGCAGGAAUACACGAGCACGUAGAGACGCCGGGCGAAUAUCCGGAUCCCGCGGCCAGCGGUCUGAGUGGAAUGCGUCCCCUGUCCAUGCACAUGCAGGGGAUCAGUGUAUUGCCCCCGGACUCGCCACCCGUUGCUGCAGGAGCCACUGGAAGGCCGAAUACGCUUAGCCUACAAAUGCCGGGAGCCAGCAAGGGACAGGGCAUCCAGGGCGGUCGCAGUGCAGCCCCCACCACGGCGCCACCACCACCACCAGUGCUCAAGUCCACGUCCACCACUCCGGUGCUGGAUCAGGAGCUGCAGGAUGCCCUGCACGAAUUCGAUUUCCUCUCGGACCUGGACUCGCGUCCCACCACGCUGCGUCGCCUGCUAAAGGAGCAGAGCAUGGCGCUGGAUCCUGGUGCGCUGGAGAGCCUGCUCCUGCAGCAGCAGCAGAGCGAGCAGCAGGCACUGCAGCAGCGCCAGCGCCAGGAGCAGCUGCGUCUGCAGCAGUUCCAGGAGGCGCAGCGUCAGGCGAUCCUGGAUCUGUGCGAGAAGCAGAGAGAGCCCGAGGAGCAGCAGCCAUCCGCCACCCUUGUCCACCCAACGCCGCCGUUGCCGCCGCUUGCCAGCCAUAAUCCGAUCAUGCCAAGCUCAAACGCCCGCCCUAGCCAAAGCCACAGCCAAAGCCAAAGCCCAAGCCACAACCAAUUUCAGUUGCAGCAGCAGCAGCAGCCACUUCCUGCCCAGAAACAGACUAUUCCCGAACCACCGUCCGCAGUGGAACAGCAGCUGCACCGCCCGGUGCUGAUCCUGCCACCCGUGGUGCUCCUGGGUGGCCGGGAGGAGGACCGAUCGGUGCCACCAUCGCCACUAGUUGAGUAUCCCGAGGACGAUGAUGAGUAUCUGUACCGGGGCAGCAACGAUAACCUGGGCAGCCGGCUGCACUCCACCCAUAGUUCCAGUGCCGGCGAUCGAUUCUGUGUGGAGGCCCGCAUUAGUCUUGUACAUAUUACCCUCGAACCGAUCAAUGCCAGCCGGACGACCAGUUGCCUGAUCGAGGAAGUGGCCGAGCCGGAUUCGCAGCCGGAGGUUAAGCCGGUGGCAGAGGCGCAGUCAAAAAAAGUAUCCGAAGCUUGUGUUGAAAGUAUUCUCCUCGAGACAGUUGAAAAGUUAGAAACAGAGGACCAAGUCCAGCAGGUCAUACCGCAGUUGGGCAAGCUCUAUGUUGGCGGCAACCAGCAGCAGUAUGUGCAGCAGUCUUCACCCAUCAUCCAGGAGCCACCUACUCCGACCAUCUACGGAAGCAGCGCGGCCGCCGGUGCUCCGCAAUUCCCGCAGCCCGCCCAAAGGCAGGAGAAGCAGCCACCGCAGCAGCAGCCCAUCUAUGCCAACCAGUAUGAGCUGAAUGUGGCCAAGGCGGCGGCAGCGGCUUCAGUUUACUCACCCAGCUCCUCCACCAACAGCCACUCCAAUCAGCAACAACAGCAGCAGCAGCAGCGGAGAAACGUGGCCCGUGGCCUGCAGUAUCGUGAGUCCGGAGGACUAGAGGCCGGCAGAGCUGGGAAGCAGCCUCCCAAUGCCGGCAUGCUGUCGAUGGACAACUUCCGCUUGCUCAGCGUCCUGGGACGCGGGCACUUUGGCAAGGUUAUUCUGUCGCAGCUGCGAAGCAACAACCAGUACUACGCCAUCAAGGCGCUGAAGAAGGGCGACAUCAUCGCCCGCGACGAGGUAGAGUCGCUGCUCAGCGAGAAGCGCAUCUUCGAGGUGGCCAACGCUAUGCGUCAUCCCUUCUUGGUCAACUUGUAUUCGUGCUUCCAGACUGAGCAACACGUAUGCUUUGUAAUGGAGUACGCCGCCGGCGGAGAUUUGAUGAUGCACAUCCACACGGACGUAUUCCUGGAACCGAGAGCCGUUUUCUACGCUGCCUGCGUGGUCCUGGGACUGCAGUAUCUGCACGAGAACAAGAUCAUCUAUCGGGAUCUGAAGCUGGACAACCUGUUGUUGGACACGGACGGCUAUGUGAAGAUUGCAGACUUUGGCCUGUGCAAGGAGGGCAUGGGCUUUGGCGACCGCACGGGCACUUUCUGUGGCACACCUGAGUUUUUGGCACCCGAAGUACUCACGGAAACUUCUUACACGAGAGCCGUCGAUUGGUGGGGUCUAGGUGUGUUGAUCUUUGAGAUGUUGGUUGGGGAGUCUCCAUUCCCUGGCGAUGAUGAGGAAGAGGUGUUCGAUUCAAUUGUCAACGAUGAGGUGCGCUAUCCGCGCUUCCUCUCUCUCGAGGCCAUAGCCGUGAUGCGCAGGCUGCUGCGUAAGAAUCCAGAGAGGCGUCUGGGAUCCUCGGAGCGCGAUGCGGAGGAUGUUAAGAAGCAGGCAUUCUUCCGUUCGAUAGUGUGGGAUGAUCUGCUCCUGCGAAAGGUCAAACCACCCUUCGUGCCCACCAUUAACCACUUGGAGGACGUGUCGAACUUUGACGAGGAGUUCACAUCGGAGAAGGCACAGCUAACGCCGCCGAAGGAGCCGCGCCACCUGUCCGAGGACGAGCAGGUGCUCUUCCAGGACUUUUCAUACACGGCCGAAUGGUGUUAGAAACUUGUUGUUAGUUCAAGGGUCCACCAAUGGGCCUAGCCCGAUUGUUGUGGCCCUUGUCUUUUGCUUUUACUUGUGUACGAAGUUGGUUUCGAGUAAUUUUAGUUGGUUUAGUCGAUGUGAGUUCAAUAUUUAUAUAUGAAGACAUAAUGAUCGUGCAGAUACAGGACAUAUAUAUUUGUAGACUAUAAAUCUAUCUAUUAUUGAGAGAACUUUUGAGUGUUGCUCACUGGUCGAAAGACAAACCUAAACUAAAUUACCUAGUUGACCACAUCCAUCCAGCCAGUUUAGAUCACAGUUGCCCACUAGGGAUCAUCCAACAUAUUCGUGGCAUUGUACAGCAAAUUGAUUUGUAUCCUUUUCCUAAUACGAGAACGCAUUGAAUAGUCUGACAAACCCUAGGAAAGCCUUAAACGCAAAGUUGUAGUUUUGGACAGUUUUUUGUAAGGACCGGAUCUAAAUAGAUUUUAUUGAUGAGAGGUAUGUUUACACCCCAGAGCAAUCAUUGCAACAUAUUUUCAUAACCGACAUACAAGAACAAAGGAUAUAUUUUAUACAUAUAUUGCAUGCACAUCCCAGGAAUCGUCUUGCUAAACGAGCUCAUCUGCUAUACGACAUAUUAAUCUAGUAAAGUGAGAGAAAAGUAAUAUAUUUACAGUUUUAACAUGUAAGCUCUGUAAAUUGCCUUGCGCUUUUAUCAACUCCCCAGCCCAUUGCCCGAGUUGUGUUAUAAUUUUAACAUAUUUUUUACGUCAUUUACACACGCGAACAUUUGUUAUUUAUUAUUAUUAUACCUAUUAUACAAGAAACUGUAUUGCUUUGAGCAUUUUUAUUCGACGUUAGAUGGACGAUUACAAACAAUUUGUUUGUAUGCGCGGUACGCUUUAAAAGAGAUGAAAGUAUCAAAAAACGAAAUACCGCUCGGCGGGAUGAGAUUCGAGAUCCCGUCGGCAGUUGGCAUACGAUCGAAUUGUUGUACUCUUCAGAUCUAUGGUAUAUUUAAUGUAAUUUUAUAGUUUUAUUUAAGCUUGUAAUAAUCGAUAUUUGAAACGUAGUCUAAGCUAUCAUUAUGUGAAGAUAAUUACUGAUAAUUACAAUUAUGAUAACGAUUGUGCACCCCUCAUGCGAAUCGAAACGAGUAUACAUAAACAAUGCAGAUCUUCUAUUGUCAUUUUUAUUACGAUUGUGCCCACAGCUUGCGGCUAUAAUUGAUUUCAUUUUAAAUCUGUCAAAUUGGAUUGGUCCGCGUCCAGUCACUUUGUUUAGCUUCAAUUUGUGACUGUAACUUAUAUUUAUGAUAUGAUUUUGAAUAAAUGUAUCUAUCGCUAUAAUUUAAA